CAAUCAUCGAUUGUGCUUUCAAAAUGGCGACUCUUGAAGAGAAGCUGGAAAAGAUCCGGUCGCCGAAUCUCCAGAGCCAACAACAAACUGGAGUGAUUCUCAAGGCGGUUGAGGAAACACUGAAAGAACAGAAUACUCAACCAACAGCGACAGGAUAUUUCGCUGCUUUAUUAGCUUUACUGAAUCAAUCUCUCGAGAGCGGAAAGAUUAACAAAGAAUUAACACCGUCCGUCGUCUAUCUCCUCGACAUAAUUACUCCGUUUGCGCCACAGCCCCUCCUUCGAUCCAAAUUCACCCAAAUUCUUACGCUCCUAGCGCCUGUUCUACUGCUCAAAGAUGCAGAAGCCCCGUUGUUGAAGCCUUCGAUUGGUUGUUUGGAAUCGCUACUUCUCGCACAAGAUUCAGGAGCAUGGAAACUCCCGACGAAUGAAAUAAGCCCGCGACGGGCUGUCGCAGGUCUUCUGAAUCUUGCUUUAGAUCAUAGGCCGAAAGUACGAAAGCGGGCGCAAGAUGCCUUACGAAAAGUCCUCAAGAACCCCCCUCCGAGUCCGUCUCUGGAUCACCCAGCGGCAGACCUAUGCGCCGAAACGGCGAUGAGAAGCUUGACAGAUAUAGCAAACAAGGUAGCAUUGUCAAGAAAGCAGAAGAAAUCCACGGCGGAACACGACCCUGCACUUAUACAUGCCUUGCAACUUGUCAAGACAGUCGCAGUGGCAAGCGGUGGCUGGCCCAGCAAGAAUAUCGAGGCAUUAUGCGAACUUUUACUUAACAUCGCGAAGAGUGGGAAUGAGCACAUGACGAUGGCUGUUUUUGAGAUUUUUGAGAUGAUUUUUGAGGGCAUGGCCGAUGAGGUUGCAUCUACCAAGCUGCCGCGCCUCCUCGAAAUUAUCUCCGAGAUGCGCCCCUCUUCUAACGACACACAAUUACUUCCACCUUGGAUCGCCAUAUUAUCACGAGGAUACGAUGUUUCCGCUCAGAUUGAGCCUGAAGAGACAUUUUCCAAGCUUCCGGCGUUGUUCGGGAUGAUAUCUCAUUUUAUGGAAUCUUCUUCACACAAUAUAAGGAUAUCUGCAUCGGAAUGUUUGAUAUCAUUUAUGGAGAACUGUGUUCCCGAUCAAGUCAUAGUAGAACCCUCUAUCUAUGAUGAAAAAAUGAUCGAACAGAUAGCCCAAGUUGCCGAGGGUCUCCUCAGCGUGCAAUACCAGGCAGCCUGGAUGGAAACAUUCAACGUCAUCGGUGCUAUUUUUGAUUCAUUGAAAUGGCGUGCUAAUCCGACGAUGUUGAACGUCAUUCGAACAGUUGGUGAACUCCGUGGAAACGAUUCUUUCAUGGGCAAAAAGGAAGCAGACGAAGUUCUGGGCAAAGCGAUUCGGGCAAUGGGUCCCGAAGCCGUCCUUAGUGUUCUUCCUUUAAACCUCGUCAAGCCAACCAAGGAUGAAUAUGGUAGAGCUUGGAUGCUGCCAAUCCUCAGAGACUAUACCAGCAACACAAAUCUCCAGCAUUUCAGAACCGAGCUCAUUCCGUUGAGCGAGGCUAUGUUUCAGCGGGUUCUGGACAACGGAGAGGCCUCUAAAACAAUGGAAGUCAAGAUAUACGAGACAUUGGUACAUCAAACCUGGUCUAUCCUGCCAGGCUAUUGCGACCUACCCUUAGACUUGACAGUGGCAUUUGACCAAGUCUUUGCUGAAAUGCUUGCAAAUUUGCUGUAUAAGCAAGUUGAACUCAGGCUUGACGUCUGUCGAGCUCUCAAGACCCUUGUCGAAUCGAAUCAAGAUGUAGUUGCGCUUGAUGAUGAGAGUUUGGUUCUCAAAAGCCGAGUUUCAAAAACGGACGCUCAGAAGAAUCUAGAUUAUCUUGGAAAAUUUGCAGGCAACCUCCUAGCAGUCCUUUUCAACGUCUACAGCCAAACGCUUCCCCAGUCCAGGGGUCCUAUACUUCAGACUAUCAAUGCCUAUCUGAGCAUCACACCUGAGAAUGAACUCGUCGAGACAUUUGACCGUGUCAGCACCAUGUUGGCAUCGUCAUUAAGCGAAAUUGAAAAUGAGAAAAAGGAAAAGGGCCAAAAGUCAAAGGAGAAGACACCCUCUACCAGCCAGACACUCAUGGAUUUGGUCAUUACUAUGUCAAUUUACCUUCCUCGCCAGAGCUUUGGUCCUCUUUUCAACAUUGCCGCACUCGUCAUUGUGAGGGAUGACGCCCCGCAGCUGCAGAAGAAAGCUUACAAAUUAAUUCCACGGCUUGCCGAGUCCGAGAUUGGCAAAGUGGCGCUCGAAGAACGAAAUGCGGAACUACAAAACCUAUUGCUAUCCAGCGCAGAAAAAGUCUCAGUCCCCGCCCGAAGAGAACGAUUGGCGGCAAUUACUGCGCUCGUACCGUUCAUCCCCGUUACGUCGCUUCACUUCAUCCCUUCUGUACUAUCUGAGGUAGUCAUAUGUUGCAAAGAGCAAAAUGAGAAAGCGAGAACUUUGGCUUUCGAAUUGCUUGUUCUUAUGGGGCAAAAGCUGUCGGAAGCGAAGGGCAAGCCAAUCGAUAAUAGCAAGAUCCCUCAUAUGCCCAAGGAUGCACCAUCCGUAUCUGCAAGCAUAGAAGAAUACAUCACUAUGGUUAGCGCCGGACUUGCGGGUAGCACGCCACACAUGAUAUCUGCCUCCAUCACCGCCCUUACUCGCAUUCUCUAUGAGUUCCGCGAGACACUGAACAAAGAGGUGCUCAGUGACCUUGUACAGACUAUGGAUUUAUUCUUGACAUCUAACAACCGAGAGAUUGUCAGGAGUGUUCUAGGGUUUGUAAAGGUAUGUGUCAUCAGUUUGCCGACAGAUCUGAUGUUACCACGCCUACCAACUAUGAUUCCGAACUUGAUGGUAUGGGCCCACGAGCACAAGGGACACUUUUGCAGAGCCAAGGUCAAGCAUAUUCUGGAACGCAUGGUCCGCCGCUUUGGCUUCGAUAUUGUCAAUAGGAACUGCCCCGAAGCGGACCGAAAAUUGAUAACCAACAUCCGAAAGACCAAGGAGCGUAGUAAGAAACGAAAGGAGGCUGCUAAGGAAGCAGGAAACGAAGAUGAACAACAGAAUGGCAAGCGGCGAGGUCGGUUUGAGAGCGAAUACGAUGAGGCGCUGUAUAGCAGUGAAGAAUCUGACGGUUCCGACGACUCUGACGCCGAGGUUCUUGGGAAGUCGCGAAAGUCGCAGAAGGGCGGCUCUACGUACAUUAUGGAAGAUGAUGACGAGCCUCUGGAUUUGUUGGAUCGCAAGGCCCUAGCCAGCAUCUCCUCCACCAAACCUGAUAAAUUGCGCAAGGCGGGUAGGACUAAAGCCAAGACCGAUAUGGACGGCAAGUUGAUAUUGGGCGAAGAUGACGGCGACGAUGAUGCUAUGGUCAUCGAUACACCUGCUCACGGCGGAGCUCAUGGUGGAGAAGAGAGCGGAGUCGGAGCUUACGUGGCGGCUCUUAAGAGCAAGGAUGUCGGACAUAGGGGACGAGGCGGACGUCUAAAGUUCUCUAAUAAGCGAGGGAAGGACAACGAUGAUGACGAUGUUGAGAUGGAUGUCGACGAGAAAGAUGUCUCCAACAUCAAGUCUCAGAUCAGCAGAGGUGGUAGAGGCGGCUUCAACCCUCGCGGAGGACGCCCUUCUCGUGGCGGCGGUAUGCGUGGCGGAGGUAUGCGAGGUGGUGGUACGCGCGGAGGCGGCAUGCGCGGAGGAAGGAGUGGCAGGGGAGGCAUUGCAUCUGGGAGACGAGGGCUUGGGGAGGAGAAGAGACACGGCCCAGCUUUCUCAGGCAAGGUCGGUAAACCGAAAUCUCCCGGUAGGAGAUGAGCGGUGCGAGCCGAGUUUGAUACCCGUUAACGGCAUAGCUGCUGCUAUACAUAGAUGGCUGCGAGUAUCUCGUUUUUGCUUGUCUGGUUAGUGACUUGAGGCGUACAUAGGCACGGGGUUGUGAACAUGGGUUCUCCGAUACGAAAUGAAAAAUAGAUGAUACGUCAACCAUCAAACGUCCUUGUUCUUA